AUGCAAACACAGACGUAUUUAGAGAAAGAAGAGAAGGUAGAGCAUGACAUACUAUUGCAUGGGUCAAUUAAAUCCCUGAAGGAAGCAACAGUUGAACUUUCUGAGAUAAAUUCCGUUGUAUCUGCGCAGGGGGAAAUACUUGCAAAGAUCCAAAGGAAAAUUAACCAGACAGAAGUAACACUAAAAAGGGCGAGCAAGAAGCUUUCUGUGCUUAUAAGGAGGUCAAAGAACAAAAAGGCAUUUUCUUUCUGUUUACUCUGCCUAACAACAAUUUCAUUAUUUAGUCUAUGUGUAUACACAUACAAAUACACGUAG